AUGUACAAGCUCGUUCAGCUUUUCGCUCUCGGCCUGGCCGCUUCGACCGCUGCUAGUGGUCUUCAGGUCUCAACUGCCGGCAAUGCCGGGCUUGCUCGUCGAGUUGCUAGCCAAGCCUUGAUGGCUUUCGCUGUCCCUGCCCUGGCAGUGCCGUUUGACAACGCAGGGCUGGCUACGAAGCGUAACGAGACGGCCCCCGAAGACGAAGACGACGACGAUGAUGAGGAAGAUGACGAAGAAGAUGCUGGGGAUGAGGAGGAUGAUGAGGAUGAUGAUGAAGAUGAUGGUGAAGACGAUGAAGGAGAUGAUCAGGACGACGCGGAGGACGAUGCCGACGAUUCAGCUGACGACAAGGACGACGCAUCUGACGAUGCUGACGAUAAUUCAGACGACACAGCAGAUGAUAAGGAUGAUCAAACAGACGAUGCCGAUGAUGAUGCCGAUGAUGCGGCCGACGAGAAAGAUGAUGCAGCUGAUGAUGCCGACGACACGGCCGACGAGUAG